GAAAAACGUAAGAGAUGGAGAGUCGAAAGGAAAGAAGUGUAUGAUAGAAAGAAAGUUUUUGUGAAGAGGCGAGAGAGUAUAAGAUCAACCAUUAGACAAUACAGUGUUGUGCGAUCAACAGGUCAGUGGACUUACCGGGGCGAUUAUGUCCAAACCUUCGUCCAACGUUAAGGCCCUUCAGGCUAAUUUGAACAUCCCGAUGGGAGCUCUGCGUCCAGGGGCGGGACAUCCUGCGAAGAGGAGAGAGGAGACAGUAGACACAGAGGAGGCUCAUUCACCAGAGCAGCCGGUGGAUGCAGCCCAGACGCCGGAGGAAAAGAAGGCAUUGCCGGGUGCGGUGAAACUGCCCGGGCCUGCUGUCAAUCUUUCAGAGCUGCAGAACGUCAAGAGCGAACUACGAUGGGUCACCAAGGAUUAACAGGAGGCCCAGCCAGGCGGAGAAGAAGGCAGAUAAUCUACAUAGACACAGACUUGCCCACUGCCACCGAAGACUAGCGAAGUACAGUUCAAUCUCAACAUGUUCGGCAACUGCUUUCUGUGAAGCCAACGUCUGCAGAAAGUGUCCAACAUUCACCCUGUAAAACCACCAGGAAGCUGACAUCCACAAACUCUCUUUCAAUCAGUACUCUUAACAGGUUGAAACACUAAAAAAAUAGUUUAUCUUACCACGUCAGUUGAUGUUGUUUUGUCUCUGAAUUCAAACUUAUAUCAUAGUUUUAAGAAAAAAAAGUACUGUAGAGAUAAAGCAAGAUAAUCUGACUUCUUUGUACUGCAGGUGAGCCUCCAUUUUACUUGGACUUUUAGAAGUAAGUUGGAUUGCAAUAAAGGGAUAUUCUUUGCU